GGCUACAGCAUUCAAGAGGGAGCUGAAGAGAGAGAUCGGGCAGUGCUUGCUUGACUUAGCCAUUCCUCCUUUUAGAGGGCGCUUGGAGCAUCUUAUGGCUAGGGCGGGUCACGUUUUGCGACCGCCUUGUGAGGCACUCAGCUCUGUGGUCGGCCGGGCUGGCCAUUUAUUAUGAUUGAAGUAAGUUGGGUCGGUUCCCCUUAAACAACGCCCGUCUUCCCAACUUUCCCCCCACUAUCAACGCGAUCGACUUCUUGAAACCUCCCACCUAUUCUCAUUUGUAUCUUUGUUCCUUUUCUUAUUUGUUCACCACUUUUUUUUCAUACUCCGUCCAUAUUCACCAUGGCUGAUUCUUUGACUGAAGAACAGGUCUCCGAGUACAAGGAGGCCUUCUCCCUAUUCGACAAGGAUGGUGAUGGCCAGAUCACCACCAAGGAGUUGGGCACUGUCAUGCGCUCUCUGGGCCAAAACCCCUCUGAGUCGGAACUCCAGGACAUGAUUAACGAGGUUGACGCCGAUAACAAUGGCACCAUUGACUUCCCUGAGUUCCUUACGAUGAUGGCGAGAAAGAUGAAGGAUACCGACUCUGAGGAGGAGAUCCGGGAGGCUUUCAAGGUUUUCGACCGCGAUAACAACGGCUUUAUCUCUGCUGCCGAACUGCGCCACGUCAUGACCUCUAUCGGCGAGAAGCUUACCGAUGAUGAAGUUGAUGAGAUGAUCCGCGAGGCGGAUCAGGAUGGUGACGGCCGGAUCGACUACAACGAGUUCGUCCAGCUCAUGAUGCAAAAAUAAGCGCCACCCUUCUGUAUAUCCCGCCAAUUGAUAGCGAAAAUGAGUGAGAGCCAAGAAUUCUAUCCAUCAUGUCUCAUUCCCGUUCCUGCCAUUGCUUGUAGUCUACUGAGGCCGAUAUCCGCUGC